CAUGUCCUUCUCGUUGUCAAGUCCUCCGAGGAACCCCUGGAACCCUUUCAGACGAACUCGUUUACCUUCAGAGGGGAGAGACGAGAGAGAAAGUGGGGUAGAGGUGGGUGGGAGAUGAAUAUGUAUAAUAUACAAGGAGGGAAGGAGGGAAAACCAAGAUCGGGGGAGAGAUUAACAAUAAAACAUGAAUCGACCUAUUACUUGUUAACUAGCAUGAAAUUACACCUUAUAAAAGGAGUGGGACUAGCUAGUUACCAGAUCAGAUAUAUCAUAUUUAGCCAACGGCAUUUAGGAGCUACAUUCCAUCGCGCCUUAGCUCCUGGAGACGCACAUGCACACACGCAUGCGUUAUUACACUGUUCCUUCUCUCUUUCUUCUUUCCUUCUCUCCCACUGUCAACACACUACAUCAGACACGUCACACACGCAUGCAUUAUUACACUGUUCCUUCUCUCUUUCUUCUUUCCUUCUCUCCCAC